CGUUGGUAACAAGAGACGUUUCGUUUGGCACAAGAGCGCGCCGGGAACCUGAGAGCGCGCCUGGUCAGUAGGGAAAUGCCGUCAACACGGUGCUCGGUAAACUUUGAAAAGAAACGAGAGUGAACGAAGAAGUUUGUGGACACGCUUUGACAGUCAUUUCAACAUGGGUUUACUUCUAUAAUGGGAGGAAUAGAGAACCCAUCUGAGACAGCUAUAUUACACAUCAAAACCACGGCAUCGUCCCCGUCAAUGACUGCAGGCAUGGCCCUGUUCAAGCAGCAGACAGUGGAGGAUUUCUACGACAUCGGAGAAGAAUUAGGAAGCGGUCAGUUUGCCAUCGUGAAGCGUUGCUGGGAGAAGAGCACAGGUCUGGAGUUCGCUGCUAAAUUCAUCAAGAAACGUCAGAGCAGAUCCAGCCGGCGGGGGGUCAGGAGGGAGGAGAUAGAGAGAGAGGUCAACAUCCUACAGCAGACACAACACCCCAACAUAGUCACCUUCCACGAUGUCUACGAGAACCGGACUGACGUGGUGCUCAUCCUGGAGCUGGUGUCAGGGGGAGAGCUGUUUGACUUCCUGGCCCAGAAGGAGUCUCUGAGUGAAGAGGAGGCUACUCAGUUCAUCAAACAAAUCCUGGAGGGGGUCCACUACCUCCACUCUAGGAAGAUAGCACACUUUGACCUCAAGCCUGAGAACAUCAUGCUGUUGGACAAAAACGUGCCCUUGCCAAGGAUCAAACUAAUCGAUUUUGGACUCGCUCACAAAAUCGAGGCGGGAGCAGAGUUUAAAAACAUUUUUGGGACUCCUGAAUUUGUGGCCCCAGAGAUAGUGAACUACGAACCACUGGGACUGGAGGCAGAUAUGUGGAGUAUAGGAGUCAUCACCUACAUCCUGCUGAGUGGAGCAUCUCCCUUCCUGGGAGAGACUAAACAGGACACGCUGGCCAACAUCUCAGCCAUGAACUACGAGUUUGACGAGGAGUUCUUCUGCAGAACCAGUGAGCUAGCCAAAAGCUUCAUACGGCAGCUACUGGAGAGGGACAAGAUGAAGAGAUUAACUAUUCAAGAUGCCCUCAACCAUCCCUGGAUCAAGUCUAAUGAGUACAAGGAGGAGACCUCCAGCACCAAGACCCCGGACCAGACCAAGACCCCCAAAAAACGCGAGCGCCGGCAGCUGAAGACCAAACGUCUCAAGGAGUACACCAUCAAGUCCCACUCCUCCAUGCCCCCCAACAACACCUACGUCAACUUCGAACGCUUCGCCCAGGUAGUGGAGGACAUCAGCCAGAUGGAGGGCUCCUUCACUGGGCUAGCCUCGGCCCACGACUCCCUGCAGGAGGACAUCGACGCCUUGGUCUCCGUCUACAACCACAAGGAGUCCUGGUACAAGGAGGAGAGCGAGGGGGUCCGUCACCAGCUGUCUCAGAUCCGCUAUGAGUUCCGUAAAGUGGAGGCGAUGAAGAGAAGCCUGCAGGAUGAGAUGAAGGUGGUGGAUGUUAGCGUCAGUGACGUUAGCGCCCGCUACCAGGAGAGGAAGAGACACUUUGACGCCCUGAGACAGGAGCUGAGCGACGAGCUGAAGUGGGUGCAGGACGUGCUGGGGUCGUCAGGGGUCGCGGACGGGGUCACGGACGGGGUCGGUGGGGUCGGUGGGGUCGGAGGAGGAGGGUACCUCAACUGUAACUUCUCCACUGUGUUUAAUAAUGACGUGAAUGAGGCACUGAAGGAAAUGCUGAACAGAAGCUGUGGAGGAGAUCUGCUGUCUGGGAUCAGCCUGAACCUCACUGAGUCUGGACUGAAGAGAUAGUAUAGUAUAGUAUAGUAUAGUAUAGUACUGUAGAGUAUCAGCCUGAACCUCACUGAGUCUGGACUGAAGAGAUAGUAUAGUAUAGUAUAGUAUAAUAUAGUAUAGUAUAGUAUAGUACUGUAGAGUAUCAGCCUGAACCUCACUGAGUCUGGACUGAAGAGAUAGUAUAGUAUAAUAUAGUAUAGUAUAGUAUAGUAUAGUAUAGUAUAGUAUAGUAUAGUACUGUAGAGUAUCAGCCUGAACCUCACUGAGUCUGGACUGAAGCGAUAGUAUAGUAUAGUAUAGUAUAGUAUAGUAUAAUAUAGUAUAGUAUAGUAUAGUACUGUAGAGUAUCAGCCUGAACCUCACUGAGUCUGGACUGAAGAGAUAGUAUAGUAUAAUAUAGUAUAGUAUAGUAUUGUAUAGUAUAGUACUGUAGAGUAUCAGCCUGAACCUCACUGAGUCUGGACUGAAGAGAUAGUAUAGUAUAAUAUAGUAUAGUAUAGUAUAGUAUUGUAUAGUAUAGUACUGUAGAGUAUCAGCCUGAACCUCACUGAGUCUGGACUGAAGAGAUAGUAUAGUAUAGUAUAGUAUAGUAUAGUACAAUAGCGUAUCAACCUGGGCCUGACUGAGUCUGGACAGUAGAGUAUAGUAUAGUAUCUUAAAAUAUAGUAUAGUAUAGUACAAUAGAGUAUCAACCUGGACCUGACUGAGUCUGGACAGUAGAGAUAACAGCAGUUACAGUAGAGUAUCAACCUGGACCUGACUGAGUCUGGACAGUAGAGAUAACAGCAGUUACAGUAGAGUACCAACCUGGACCUGACUGAGUCUGGACAGUAGAGAUAACAGCAGUUACAGUAGAGUACCAACCUGGACCUGACUGAGUCUGGACAGUAGAGAUAACAGCAGUUACAGUAGAGUACCAACCUGGACCUGACUGAGUCUGGACAGUAGAGAUAACAGCAGUUACAGUAGAGUACCAACCUGGACCUGACUGAGUCUGGACAGUAGAGAUAACAGCAGUUACAGUAGAGUAUCAACCUGGACCUGACUGAGUCUGGACAGUAGAGAUAACAGCAGUUACAGUAGAGUACCAACCUGGACCUGACUGAGUCUGGACAGUAGAGAUAACAGCAGUUACAGUAGAGUACCAACCUGGACCUGACUGAGUCUGGACAGUAGAGAUAACAGCAGUUACAGUAGAGUACCAACCUGGACCUGACUGAGUCUGGACAGUAGAGAUAACAGCAGUUACAGUAGAGUACCAACCUGGACCUGACUGAGUCUGGACAGUAGAGAUAACAGCAGUUACAGUAGAGUACCAACCUGGACCUGACUGAGUCUGGACAGUAGAGAUAACAGCAGUUACAGUAGAGUACCAACCUGGACCUGACUGAGUCUGGACAGUAGAGAUAACAGCAGUUACAGUAGAGUACCAACCUGGACCUGACUGAGUCUGGACAGUAGAGAUAACAGCAGUUACAGUAGAGUACCAACCUGGACCUGACUGAGUCUGGACAGUAGAGAUAACAGCAGUUACAGUAGAGUACCAACCUGGACCUGACUGAGUCUGGACAGUAGAGAUAACAGCAGUUACAGUAGAGUAUCAACCUGGACCUGACUGAGUCUGGACAGUAGAGAUAACAGCAGUUACAGUAGAGUACCAACCUGGACCUGACUGAGUCUGGACAGUAGAGAUAACAGCAGUUACAGUAGAGUACCAACCUGGACCUGACUGAGUCUGGACAGUAGAGAUAACAGCAGUUACAGUAGAGUACCAACCUGGACCUGACUGAGUCUGGACAGUAGAGAUAACAGCAGUUACAGUAGAGUACCAACCUGGACCUGACUGAGUCUGGACAGUAGAGAUAACAGCAGUUACAGUAGAGUACCAACCUGGACCUGACUGAGUCUGGACAGUAGAGAUAACAGCAGUUACAGUAGAGUACCAACCUGGACCUGACUGAGUCUGGACAGUAGAGAUAACAGCAGUUACAGUAGAGUACCAACCUGGACCUGACUGAGUCUGGACAGUAGAGAUAACAGCAGUUACAGUAGAGUACCAACCUGGACCUGACUGAGUCUGGACAGUAGAGAUAACAGCAGUUACAGUAGAGUACCAACCUGGACCUGACUGAGUCUGGACAGUAGAGAUAACAGCAGUUACAGUAGAGUACCAACCUGGACCUGACUGAGUCUGGACAGUAGAGAUAACAGCAGUUACAGUAGAGUACCAACCUGGACCUGACUGAGUCUGGACAGUAGAGAUAACAGCAGUUACAGUAGAGUACCAACCUGGACCUGACUGAGUCUGGACAGUAGAGAUAACAGCAGUUCAGUAGCCCAGAGUCAGUAAGAGAAACAGGAAGUAGAGGACACUGGAAGUCAUCUCUGUGGAAUAUUAUAACUUUAGUUUGUUCUCCUUGUGAUACGUUAGUGGUAUUUUGUGAUUAGCUAAAAUAAAACGUCAAAGUAUUUACAAUGCUUCUUUUUGUGUUUACAAAGAAUGAGUCCCAGUCCUAGUCUGGCCCUUGAUAGGUUUUGAGGUAUUAUAUUAAAGUCUGCAACUUUUAAGUAGCUUGUUUGUUUUUCAUAGCUCAAAGCCAACUGUUGAUAAUGUUGAUAGAGGAUGUUGAUAGAGGAUUGAUAAUGAGUAGAUAUCAUUAUUGACAUUAGUCUUACCUUCUUAGAUUAGAUUGAAGUAAAUUGAGAGUGUUAUUGUUGUGUGUGUAUUUUAGAUGCUUGUACCUACCUGAUCUAAACCACUGAACCUGAUAAAGAUCUUAUCGAUUGAAA